GCUUCUGAAUGGAAAUACGCAGUUGUUUAGUGCUUAGAUAAGGGAAAGAAUGGCACACCAAAUUGCUGAUUGAAGGAAGGUCUGAUCAGGAAUUUCAAUCCCUGAAAUUUGGCUAGGCAUGUUUAGUUAUAUUAUCAUGUUGGAAUGAUUUUCAUUUCCAGUGUUGAAGGAAAUGAUACCAUGGAACAGUAUUAUAUAUUGGCAGGUACAGUUUUGGCUUUCAUAAUUGCUAGAGUGGGAGCAAAAUAGUGUGGAAAAUAACUGUACGUGUAUACUUAUCUCUUCAGUACCUUGAGUGGAAACAUAAGUUGUCCCAUAACAUUUGCAGUGACUGCAUGUUUUUGGCAGAUGCAGGUCUUCGUUGUCUUGUCAGUCCUGUAGGCUUCCGAAACCACAAUUAAUCUGGGUGUAAUUAUAACAGGCACCUAAUUAGUGGAGAUGUAGGGUUCUCCCUCUAAGUACAAAACAGCACAGGGUGUAUUGACAGGAUAAAAGCAAACAAACAAAAACACAGUUGUGUUUGGCAUCUAACCCUGAUGAGUCAAUGAUCAGUUAUGACAGCGAUGUACAUAGGAUGCCCUAAGGAAAAAUAACUUGUUUGUUGCGUUUGUGCCUACCUAUCAGUUCUAAUAGGUGCUCUACAUCUUGGCUGCAUUUCUGAUCAGGUCUGAAGCUGGAGUAGAAGGAAGAUGCAGAACUUUGCUCCAGAUGGGAGGAGGUUGGGGGGAAGGGAAUUAGGGCUGAUAUUUGAGUUUAGCGUCAAGGCUUUGAGACAGCAAAGUGGAAUAGAACUUAAAAGAACUUGAAACAAAGCAGAUCUUGUGAGAUGACCAUAAAAUAUAAUAUUAAUUUCAUCCAUGCUCUUAUUCAAAUGUGUGUUCAUUUUAACAGUAUUUAACUAAGUUCUAGCUGAUAAUUAAAUAGGUGUUGGUGUAUGAAGCUCCAGUAAAGGAAAAUACUGCUUUAGUAAACUGUAACAGGGCAUAAGCAAAGUAUGUUCCUGAUUUACUUUUUCAGGUGAUCCAGUUGUGUUCAAUACGGUUUUAAAAUUUCUAGUCCUUAAUGCCAAGUCUUGUUGCCAUCAUAGCUGUGGUGUGGGUGGAUAAGGCAAACCAGAAAUGAGCAGAUCUAGCUGUAAGCUACUUUGCAUGUUGUCAAUUGGCUAUAAAUUGCAGGAGUCAUGGACUCAGUGGAACAAAGUGCAUUCAGGUAAGAGAACUGUGUAUUGCUGUAUCUAACUACAGGUCUGCACUGAAUAUCCAUGUUUCUCUAAACCACUUCUAUCAGCCAGUCAGUAACAAUGCUUCUGUAGCUUUUUAAUUCGUUGUGUUUAAUACGAUCAAUUACUACAUUACAUAAGAUGCCAGGAAACUGGAACAUUAACUUUUUCUUCAAUAUCGUUUAGAUAUUUUCAGGUAUUACUCAGCAGUCUUAAAAUUAGCGCGUCUUGUUUCCUUGGAUUUCACUUUGCUCUGAAGAUUGGUGAGUCUCUGCUCUGAUGGGAAGAGGAUUCUAACAUGUGCUCAGUGCAGACAGUAAGGCAGCAGACAAAUGUUGUAUGGAAUGCUGUCAUGCAGCAGAAGUGUCAGUGCAAACAAACACUGCAAGUAUCACAGGGGGCUGUGUUUUUUGGUUUCUUGCUGUAUGUAGAUACUUUACUAUUCACUUUUUGCUAUUCAGUGACUUUAUUUCGUUCUGACAAUUUUCUACUGUGACAUCUUGAAAAUAUUUUUAGAAUAACACAACUUGUGUUAAAAAAGAGAAAGAUGAUUAUCUACUGCUUUUGUUUUAUGAACGUAUAUAUUCAUUUCUAAUCUUUCAGUAUCUCUAUUAAUUCAAAAUGAAUGUGUCUGCAUGCCAUCAGUGUGCCUAUACAAAGAUCCAUUUAAGAUGCAUGUGACUGUCUCUCUUAUCUAACAGCAUGCUAUAAAGGAACUCUGAACUCCCAAGAUUUCUGUACUGAGAUCCAUUUUGAUAAGAAAAUAACAAACAGCACUGAAUACAGAUGUAUAUUGAUGGAAUAUGUUGUUAGAUUGGGUUAUUGAGUGAAAAUUCUCUUACUGUUGAAAGAGGCAGGUGUGAAAUGAUUAGAAAACAUUAAAAUAUCUCUAUCCUUGUGAGGGAUUAAGAUAAUCCAGUUUGCUAUGGAACUGUGCUCUGUAUAUUUGAAACUUUUCAAGGUUGUUGUGAGUACCAGCAGUUCUGGUAACCUAUUUUGUGUUGUGUGCUUUUUCUUUUGUAGAGGGUAUAAUCUAAGUAUUUUAGAAAGCCAAGUAUAGAUGAGGAAGACGUUAAAGGAGCAUUUUUGAAUAGAUUUUGUUGGGAAGUACUGCUUGCAAUUGAGGGUGUUUUCUGCCAUCUGUUGUUCUGAAAUGUUGCAAAUACAUUAGAAGUCUCACCUGGCAAAUGCCAGUUAGUAAGCGCAGGUGAGUAUUUUGUCCUGUCCAGUAUUGAGUUGUUUAAAGUGUUUUGUAAUUAUGCAUUUCCAGGUUAAAUGCAGAACCUGAUGGAUGGGAAAAGCUACUGUAAUCUCAUGGACAAGUUGUCCAUCACUGCUGACACUCAGUGCAUACAGCUGCCCCGGCCUUUCUGUGCAGACCCACUGGUCAUGUUUCACAUGUACCCAGAAACACCAAACCAGGUCGCUUGCUCUGAAGAUCUGUCAUUCCUUCCUUUCAUGUCUGAGCAUUUCAUCACAGAGAACUUCUACGCUGAGCCCUGUGGCUUUUCCUACCAAAUACCCCACUGCAAUUACAACAGGAGUGAGUACUCCUAUGGGCCGGCUUUCAUCAGGAAGAGGAAUGAGAGGGAAAGGCAGAGAGUUAAAUGUGUCAAUGAAGGCUAUGCUAAAUUGAGACAUCACUUACCUAAGGAAUACUUAGAGAAACGGCUCAGCAAAGUAGAGACUCUCCGUGCAGCAAUAAAAUACAUCAGGUACCUACAGUCUGUUCUGUACAGUGAUUCCAUGGCAGCAGACAAAAAUGUUAUGGAGCCAAGCCAAGCACCUAAAGCAAUUAACAAACAAAGCCAAUUUUUGAAGACUAUCUAAACUGUUCCAAAUCAAGGGAAAGAUAUCCUGGAUGGGAGCCUGGUAGCCACUGCUAUGUUGUUUAUGAUGUGCACCUUCCUGAAACAUCUAGGAGAUCAUAGUACGCAUCGAUACCAGCCCACAGAAAAGCAUUUUAGUUUUGCAGGUAGUAACUGCGCUUACAGAAGCGUGACUGGAAAAUCACAUCUGAGUGGCCUCAGAUAAUUCAUGGAAAUUGGAAAGCACAUCUAAAAUAGUAACUGAACAAAAAAUACAAUACCUAUAAGUGUGAAUUAAUUCUAUGUGCCAUCACAUUCUUUGUGCUUUGAAAUAAAAUAAAGUCUUUCCA